AAAAAAAUUAGGCGAUUCGCAAGGCGCGCGUGAAAAGAAUUUGUGCGCGUUAAAAAGUAACUAAUUUUAAAGUGUAGAUGCUGAUGAAACCAACAGAAAAUAUAAUAAAAAGUGGCUAGAGCUGUGUGUUCAUCGACUGUUCAUAAAUGUGGGUUGGACCACGGCGCGCAAACCGCUGAAAAUAAGCAAACAAACGGCAGCCUUGCGAAAACGAGAAAAAAAAUUGGGCGCCUUUUGUGAAGAUUGUGUGUCCGUCUGGCUGUGGCACAUUUAUUUUCAGUUUCCGCUUCUUCUUCACAGCCAGCAAGCCAAAGUGAAUCGCGCGCGGGUGUAGCACAGCCGAGAUAUACAGUACAGUUAAAUUGUUAACGAAUAAUUGCUGCAAUUAAAUAAAUACCUACAUAAAUAUGCCGAUUUGCAAGCGGGAAGGCUUCGACCUGAAUCAAAAGGAGGGCAAAAAUGAUACAUUCCACGAUAACGACUGGGUCUUCUGCUGCUACAUCACCAAUCGCAUUUUCCGCGACUAUGAAAACUACUUUCGACACGUGAUGGCCAUCAACUCGACGGUGUGGCAGUGCGAGGCCACCGGUCGCGAGAGUCUCACCUACGAGGAGGCCCAGAAGAGCGAACGUGCCGCCCGCAAGAAGAUGGAACAGUUUAAACAGAGCCUGCGUGCCCCCGUCCUUCUGGUGGUGGAGCAUGCCCGCCAGUCGGCGGUGAAGACGCUCAACCUGAUGGUGGCCAAAUUCCUGCGCAAACGCUACUUCAUCAACGAGGAGGUGACGGUGACCACCAAAAAGAACGCUACCUAUGUGGUGGUGGCCAUACAGCCCGGCAAGAGCAUGGCCUUGCCCAGCAAUGAGAUCUACGAGGACACGGAUGGCCUGCAGUACCGUCUGAGGGCAGCCAAGGGCGAUGCCGGCACAGAGAUCACCGUGCCCUUCGAUCAGAUACGACGCCAGCGAUUAGAAUUCAACAUGGAGAACCUGGGCAUGUUCAUCAAGAACAAUGUGACACGCGUCGACGGCAUCCUUCGGCCGAAGCCCGAGGCCUACAAACAGUACGUGACGGAUGCGGGCAUCAGCUUCUCGAGCAUUUUCAUUGGCAAAAUGCCACGCUACUCCCCAUCGAAGAUCAAACGACCCGAGCCCAAGGACACUGCAGCCAAGAAACAGUCCACGCUGAACAAGUACAUUGUGUCGGACGUGUCGGAGGAGACGGCCGCCAAGGCCAAGGAGAAGGCCAAGGCCAGCGCCAAGCUGCUGGCCGAGGAAAUGGAGCGUGUGCGCCUGGAGAAGGCGGCCAAGCUGGCCGUGCUGGAGCGUGAGAAGGCCGAGAAGAAGGCUCAGCUAAUCGAGCGGGUGGAGUCCGAAUGCAACAGUCUGCUGACCAAGACGGACGAUCUGGAGCGCUGUGAUCAGCGGGUGCUGCCACGCUAUAAGCCGAUUGUGACGCUGCUGCCGGAGAAGCUGCUGGGCGACGCCUUCAUGAUGCGCGAAUUCAUGCACACCUACUCCGGUCUGCUGUCUGGGGUGGAGGUUUUCCGCCAGAAUCUCAGCUUCUAUGAGAUGACGCGAGCGCUCAGUGCCCGCGAGGUGGCUGGCCCACUCUCGGACAUAAUCCUGGUGCUGCUGGGCACCGUCUUCGAUCUGCAGAAGGAGGAGGAGGAUGAGUGCGCGGUCAGCUACAUGCUCGGCCGCUACACGGCGCCCAGUGAGCCCUACAUCAGCAUGGGCAAUGCCACACGCAGCCACUACUACUCGAAGCGGCACUUCUCCUUCAAGAUCAACGAACUGCCGCUGGAUGCGCUCACGCUGAGCGAGGUGCUGCGCCUGCAUCUGCUCAGCUCCGGUGCGAUUGUCAAUGAGAAGGCCGAGAAGUGGCGGAUCAUGUACCGCAAUGGCUAUGCCUCGCGCGAAGAUCCCGGCCUGGAGUUGCGCCUCCAGCAGCCGCACAUUCUGCACAGCCUCAAGACCUCGCCCAUAUAUCAGCUGGGCUUCAGCGACAUCAUGUGCGUGAUCCGCUGCCUCAUGUCCCAGAUACUCACGUACUCCGGCACCAUCAAUCUGAUCGAGGAGCGCAUGGAGCAGACGGCCAAGGCCAAGAUCGAGCUGCGUACCCUCAUCCAGCUGGAGAAUCGACGCCUGGCCGCCCUCGAGAUGAGCAAACGCAAGCUGACGCACGAGCAUCAUCUGGCGUGCAGCGCGGAGGAGCUGAAGAACGAUGCCGCCAAGAAGCAGUCGCUGCUCGAAAAGCUAAACAAGGGCAUUGCGGAGCUGCACGCCAAGUCGGACACUCAGCACAGGAAGCACGAGCAGCAGGUCCUCGCCCUGCACUCGCAGCUGUUCAAUUUCCUCGUCUUCCUGGGCACGGAUCGCUGCUAUCGCAAGUACUAUGUGCUGGAGUCGAUGCCGGGCAUAUUUGUGGAGCAUUCGCCCGACAGCCUGGACACCUGUCUGGAGCAGCCGCCCCUGAACAAGCCCCAGUCGGAGAUCAGCAACCAGGCACAGCUGCCCAAGAGCCGCAAGGAGCUGCGCACCUAUCUGCUGAAGCUGUACGGCGAGGAGAAGUCUCGCAAACGGGCCAAACAGUCGCUGGAGAACAAAGAGAAUCAGGAGCAUCGCAUCAAUGGCGACGCCGAGCCCAUGGAGGUGGCAGAGGCGGAGCCCCUCGAGGAUCCCACCCAGCACGAGCUGAUGAUGUGCAGCGGGGAUCGACGCAGCUGCAUUGUCCACGAUCACGGGGAGAGCAAUGGACAGCGUCAGCGUUGGUCGUACAUCUACAAGGCCGAAGACAUUGAUGAGCUGAUCAAGAGUCUCAAUCCUUUGGGCCAUCGUGAGUCUGGUCUGCUCGAGGAGAUCAAUGGCCUGCGCACGCUCAUCGAGCAGCAUGUGAGCACCUGCCCCGUCGAUGUGCUCACCCUGGAGAGCGACCAGCAGCGCAAGAAAUUCCUCAGCACCAUGCACGCGGAGACGCAGCGAAAGUAUGGCGAGGCCAUCUUUGGCCUGCCCGAGGGCACAGAUCUCAAUCGGGCGAUGAAGCUGCAUCUGGUGGAUCGUAUUCUGCAGUUCGAAAUUGACAUCUAUACGGGGGACUUGGGGCGGCUGAAGGUCAAGGAUAUGGACAAGUGGCGCAACGAUUUGCUCGAGGGCAACUACGAGCCGCAGGUCAAGCUGCAGUGGGGUCCGGGUGGCAAGCUGGAGAACCUGACGGCUGCCGGCUCCGACAACGAAUCGCACGAGGACUACGAGGACGAGGAGAAGGGCGCCGUGCCCAUUGGCAAGUAUGCCACAAAGCCGUAUCGUGAUCCGGGCCAGUAUCUGGGCACCGCACCGAACGCGGUUGAAUCUGUGGACAGUGCCGACGAGGAGAGGCCAGAGUCCAAGUCGGAGGCAGAGGCGACGGAGUCCUUGCAUGCCCAGGUACGCAACAUGGCCGGCGCUCUGCUGCAGGUGGAGCAGGCCAUUGGCAGGCGAUUCCUGAAACCGCCCUACGGCAUGAAGAAAUGGGAUCCCAAGCAGGAUGCCCUGAAGCAGGAGUGCGAGGCCCGACUGCACCAAUGGGAGGUGUCCCUCAUGGAGAGCACCAGCUACGCGCAGCUCUUUCUGCACUUCAACAUGCUUCACGACUGCAUCCAGUGGAUACGUUCGACGAACAAGUCGCUGUGCAAGGUCUGUCGUCGGGGCAGCGAUCCCGACAAGAUGCUCCUUUGCGACGAGUGCAAUGGCGGCACACACAUGUUCUGCAUGAAGCCCAAGAUGCGGUCCGUGCCCAGGGGCCAUUGGUACUGCAAUGAGUGCGUCAAGAAUCUCGGCCUGAAGAAUUCCCACGAUGAGAAGGAAAAGAAGACGGCGGCCCAGAGGAAACGCAAGUUCAUUGUGGAAGAGGAGGAUGAAGAUGAGCCCGAGGAGGACGAUGAGGAGGACGAGGAUGAGCAGGAAGAGGAGGAGGAGGAAGAAGAAGAAGAAGAGGAGGAGGAUGCCACAGACGACAAAAGCGAAACAUCUACCCAUUCGUCCUCGAACAAGCCCAAUGGCCGACCCGCACGUCGUCCCAGAGGGCGCCCGAGCAAAAAGAAGCGACUAACAUCCAAAGAAAUUGAAGAAGCUGUCGAUGACGACGCUGACGAAGAUGAGGACGGGAGCGAGCCCCUGGGCAGUGAAGCUGGCGAUGAGAGUUCGGUGGAGCAUGUCAACGGGGAAGAGAACGAAAAUGAAGAAGAUGAAGAAGCCAGCGACGAUGAGAAGGUGUGCCAGGUGUGCUUCUACGAUGGCAGCGAGAUACGCUGUGUCCGCUGCAGCCUCUACUAUCAUCUGGAGUGUGCCCAAUUGAAGCGACAGCCACGCGCCGAUUUCGUGUGCAAGAAGUGCAAGACCACAGAGACGCAACGGCCGAGACGUCGUCAUAGUCAUGUAAAUGGCCACGAUGACGAUGAUGAUGAUCAGGAUGAGCCUCAGGCCAAACGUUCGCGCUCCUCACGCAACUCUCUGCGCAUCUCGCUGGACAAAUCGGCCCGACACAGUGGCGCCAACAAUAACAACAACAAUAGCAGCACCAAUAACAAUAACAACCAUCGACGAAGCGGUCGACGAAUGAACGAUAAUCUGCCCUUGAAUAGCGCCGCCUUGUACGAUCUGCUGGAGCAGAUCAUGAAGCACAAGACCGCUUGGCCCUUCCUGCGACCAGUGCUGACAUCGGAGGUGCCCGACUAUCAUCAGAUUAUCAAGACGCCCAUGGAUUUGGCCAAGGUCAAGUCCAAGCUGAAUAUGGGCGCCUAUCAGCUAAACGAGGAGGUGCUCAGCGACAUACAGUUGGUGUUUCGUAACUGCGAUCUCUACAAUGUAGAGGGCAAUGAGAUAUACGAUGCGGGCUGUCAGCUAGAGAAGUUCGUGAUUGAACGAUGCAGGGACAUGCAGCUGCCGUUCAGGCCCAGUGACAUGAAUGACGAAGAAGGGGCCAUUUGCUGAGCAUCUCCGAUCUCUCUCUCCCCCAGCGAUCGUGUACAUUAUUUGUUAGCUUACCUUCAGGCAUACACAAUACAUACUAGACCAUAGCACCAUAGCAUUCAGUAGUUUACGUAUAUGGAUAUCUCUCUGCGACAUUCUAGGUUUAAGCACUGACAACACUUAUUGCAGUCCUUAGUGUAGAUAAUAAUUACGUAUCGUAUAUCCUAUGUUUAGUAUACGCAUUUACGUUAAGCUAAGACAAUGGUAUGGCCCACGCCCCCCACAUACGCACAAAAUGUACGCAAGGUAAGAAAAAAUGUUUUGUUAUUUUUUUUUGCUGUUUCUUUUUCGUUUUCUGAGACAAUUUAUAUUCUAGUUUAUUCGUAAAUUAUUACCAUACUACAAAAAUUACACAGUUCCACACAAUCAAUACAAAAAAAUGAAGAGAAAAACUUAAAAUAAUAAAAAAAAAAUAAAACUUGCAGAUUUCAAA